AUGCCAAUUGGACUACCCACUGUCAAUUGGGACUCAGCCAGGAUCAAUCGCGAGAUCAUGGUGAUUGUGUUUCGCGAAAUCCUUGGUUACAAUGCGGAAAUCACCCGGACCAUUUCCGGCUCCGACAAGGCCUUCCUGGCAGUCGCCGGCUGCCAAGACAUAGAUGCAUCCACAAUGGAGGACAGAAAAUGUAGUCUUCCCGGCGUCCCCUUCGAGGAUCACAUCACGAUGGAGGUCUGGGGUGCCACUGCUGAUGGCACAGUAACUGCGGUCACCAGCUGUUGCCCAGCAAUCGCUCCGAAGCAGGCAGGAGUCUUGUCGUAUCGUGGCAUCGAAAACGAGUUCGUCUUCCCGCACUCCUACAGUCCAGCUAUGGAGAAUUCCCUGUCCCUGACUUAUUACAAGACCUGGAAUGCUAGCUGGCUGGCCGAUCCCUCCCCGUAUUUCAGCCCGCUCUCAGCUUUCGAUGAUUCAGAAAUUCUGAACUGCGACAGCAACUCUGCUCUGGCUUCGCAAGACUUGAUCGACGAUUUCGUCAUGGCAACGGGCUGGCAGAGCGCGAUCGUUGACAGCAAGUUUGGGUGCUACAACAACAAGUGGGUGCUUGGACCUGGCUGCCGAGUGGCAGGCUUCAACCCUGAUCACUGCGCCCCAUACUUGAGUGCCUAUGGUUGGCAGUUCGGCUCAACCAUUCAGAAGAUCUUCGCGUUCAACACGGCAAUUGCAUACGGUGAAGCAUCAAGCUGGACCAACUACGUCAACCUGCCACGCAACUAUCGCGUGACCUCCUAUUGGUGGUCUCCGGCACAAGAGUUUGCCGACAUCGGCCCUUCAGUGAUUACCUGGAGUCCUAGCAAUAAGGCGGCUUGGGACAGCGGUAUCCGGACGGGGCAGAACCCGGGUUCCCAGAUCAAGACGUUUGUUUCCAGUCAAAUUGCCGAGCGCUACGACAGCGUUUUCAAGACCGCGAGCAACUUCGACUUGAUUCUGGCAGAUGUGGAGUUCGUCAUGGCAAACCUCAAGUCGAAGCUCGAGAACGGUGUUGCGGAGCCUUACAUCGACACCGCUUGCGAAUGGAUCCAGGCGAACGUGGAUAAGGUGCAGAGCUGGAUCCCAUCCCCUGUCGAGUGCUCGCCCGGUACAGGGGUUCGAACUGCAGACGGUGGCUUUGACCCAUCUUCUUUGGAGGAUGCAGCCUAUUGCGAGUGGUGCCCGCCAGGCCGUUUCUCGGACGCUGUGCGAUUGGGUUCGGUGCAGACCUUCAAGUGCGAGAGUUGUCCGGCGGGGCAGAAGAUGGCCGUGGGGGGCUCGACAGCAUGCGAAACCUGCGGGGUUGGAAGCUUCAGCAGCAGCCCUGGACAGACGGAUUGCAAGCUGUGUCCGAUUGGGACUUACAUGGGCCAACGGGGCGCCUCGCAAUGCGACCGGUGCCCGUCCCCCAUGGUCACCGUGCAGGAAGGCAGUUUGGCCGAGACUGAAUGCCUUUGCCCAGAAAAUUACGUGCGUCCCUGCCAACUUCGAAGUGCCCCAAAUGGCAUGCGUGCCGGGUGUACUUGUGAUCCUUCCGUGUACCAUCCGCCCACCAAUGCCUUCUGCAUCCCGUGCCCGUCUCCAGACUUCUUGCAGUGCGGGAUGGGCACAGACGAAGUCGAUUUGCCUUGCUCCAGCGCUAUGGAGAAUGUGUCCCUGAACUACCCGCGACCAAAACCAGGGUACUACACCUCUUUCGAGAGGCCGCUGCAAGUCUACAAAUGCAAGGACAACAUCAUUUGUCCUGGCAACGCAGUGGGGCUUUGCGCAGCCAACGCGCAUGGUCUUGCUUGCGGUCUUUGCGAGGAAGGCUACUACAGGAGUGUGGACGGCUACUGUGUCGAAUGCGGUGGUGUCUUCAAGAUGCCGUUCGUCCCAGUUGCUUCAAUGAUCCUCGUGCCUAUCGGUCUCAUGGUCAUGAUCAGGCUCGGCGGAAAUAACGACGUCACAAAGGGACAGCUAUCGCCAUUCAAUGAGCUUUUGGGUCUGAGCUAUGUUGGCAUCAUUUUCAUGCAGACGUUGGGAACCAAUAUCGGCAUUAUGCCGUCCGCGCCGAACAUGAUCGCGGACUCUUUCAGUUGGACCCCUGCCAUCUCGGACAUAGCGUCGCAAUUCCGAUUGUCAUGUUUCGCAUCGAUGAGCUUUGAGAUUGAGUUUACCUUGAAGCUCCUGGCGCCUAUCUACGGUGCUUUCCUGUUCUUGGGUGUGUACUUGAUCGCUGCCUGCAUUCCACGGCUCAAGUUGAACAAGGAUGUCGUCGUGGGGACGUACUUGAGUGUGUUCAACGCCUUCUUUAUUUCGGUGAUGAACCUGUCGCUGACACUCUUCCAGACAUACCGCAACCCAACUGGCGAAUGGUCAAUGAUCUCAGCGCCUUCUGUUUUGACCAGCUCGGAAGUGUGGCAGAGCCUGGUUUAUGCUACAGCGGUCGCUGUGGUGAUUUAUGGCGUCGGUGCAGCAGCAGGGAGCACCUAUGCGAUUGUUGUGGCACCCUCGAAGUUCAAGGACGUCAGCUUUCGCAUGCGAUGGAAAUGCCUGUUUCUGCAAGUGCGGCCAUCCGUCUAUUGGUGGGUCAUUGUCUCGAUCCUGAAGGGGUUGUUCUUGUCCCUCACGACCGUGAUCUUCGAUUCGCCCAUGGCGCAAACUGUCUAUCUUGGCACAGGCCUUCUUAUCUACUUUUUGGCAGUGUUCUGGUUUUUGCCUUGGCGAACUUCCACGCUGCUUUGCCUUGACGUUGCGCUCCACUAUGUUCUGGCUGUCCUUUGUCUCCUGAUGCCUUUCUUCGUGCCUGCCUCCGACACGGAAGUCCAGGAUGUGGCAGUCCUUUUCCUGGGAGUCACCGUAUUGGGGGCCUUCUUCGCGGCUGGAUGUGUCAUCGGCGUGAUGCGAACGCAGUCACCCAAUGCCCAAAGGGCUUGGAGGUUAACUUAUGAAAAAGAUGCACGGCACUUCGUUGAGAUUUUUGAGGUCAUGAGGGACGAAAAGGUCAUGAAGGAAGUGUUGGACGGGCUUGGAGAUGUUGACCUCGCCACCUCCAUCUCGGUGAUGAAACUGCUAAGUGUGGAGCUUCUUGGCAAUCGCGAGACUGGGCGACUGAUCUGGAGGCAACAUGGUCGACUCGGCUUCAACAAGAAGGAGGAACGAGGUCCGGACUUGCCCGAGAUGUACUGA